AUAAACAAUCCAGUUGUCCAGUGGACGGCAUACAUUUAAAACGCACAAAGAGAUUGGUCACGCGUCCUCUGCCAAACAUGAAUACAGUCAGUAUUGCAACGCUACUCGUAGUGAUCGCAAUGGCGUCCGCAACACGUCCUGACGCCAAGCAUUACGAUACUGAAAAUGCUCAAGAAUUAUUCGAACAAUUCAUCAAAGAGCACAACAGAGAAUACAAAGAUGAUGCUGACAAGCAAGUUCAUUACGAAGCGUUUGUGUCAAAUUUGAAGGAGAUAAACAAGUUGAACGAAGGUAAUCCUAGUGCGACGUACGGCAUUAAUAAAUUCGCAGACUACACCGACGAGGAGAAAAAAAUGAUGAGAGGGGGAGUCAGAAAACAUUGAAAGUGUCUCACAGUGGUGACUUAUUGUUUAAAUCUGCAUAUUAAUUGUGCUUAUCAAAGGUCAAAUGGCUUUGACAUAAAUAUGUACCUAUGAAUAAGCUUAGCUUUAAAUUUUUUUUUAUAAUAAAUUGUUUUACAAAUAGAUAACAAGAAUACAAUAUAAUUUGAUUGUAAGUUCAUUGAUUUGGACCAAGACUAUUUUUCACAAGUAAAAUGUAUAAUUAUUCAA